ACGUGAUUUAGACAAGUCAUUCUGCUCAAGUCACCCAUUUUCGUGGUCGCGUCUCCCGUUUUCGAUGUGCUUCAAAAUAACAUUGUAAUAUCCGUUGCCUGAGAGUAUGUCUGAUAACAUACAUACUUAGAUUUUACAGAAUCCGAAUAUGAGAGGAAAGAAGCCGGAACCGAAGAAGACCACUGGGGACUCGAUACCACCUCAAGUUCAUUCCAGCAGCAUGGAUGAGGAAGGAGAGGAGGAGGACGACUUAUCCAGUUUGUCCGAGGCUUCAUCGAGUGAAGACUCGGCAGACAGUGAGAAGGAGGACAAAGAUGAUGAUCAGGGACUGGUCAGCACAAGAGAAGAGAAGAAACACAGAGGAGGACGCAAGAAGGGCCAGUCAUAUCGGAGCAGCUAUGACAUAGAAACACUGAAGGCUGCUUACGCUGCUGUUGUGGAGGAUGGGAUGGCUGUGUAUGCUGCAUCCAAGAAGUUCAAGGUCCCUCAGAGCACUCUCAGAGAUCGGGUCCUGGGUCGAAUAUCAGCAGACGUCACAACAUCAGGACCCCCAACAAUCUUCACAGCGGAGGAGGAAGCUGGCAUUGCCAACUAUGUCAAAUUGUUUGCUGAUAUCGGGCAUCCUUUAUCGAGAAACAAAGUUCGGCAGAUGGCUGGAGAGUUGGCUGCACAGUUACAGCGCCGCGGGUUUAGCGACGGAAAAAUACUCAGUUUGAGAUGGUACUACAAACUCAUGGACAGAUUCCCAAACACACAGACUCAGAAAUUUUCCAAUUCCAAGUUACAGGAGAUAGGGUAUGGUUAUUACAAGAAACUUUCUGAGAUUAUUGAAGACUAUGGUUUAGAAGAUGCACCGAAACGUGUUUUCAGUCUUGAUGAGAUCUGUGUAAGAACAGAGGAGUCAUCACUGAAGAUGAUUUGUCGCAAUGUGUCUGACGAGAAUGCUGACAUUGCUGUUGUGUGCAAAGAUGAUGCAAGGAUCACCUUCCUCGGUUGUGCAAGUGCAAGUGGGAAAAAGGUUCCACCUUGUUUUGUAUUUGCAUCAAACAGUGAUAACCCAAGUCGUAAAACAGUCAGUAAAAUUCAACAUGGUGCUGUGGUGAAGUAUUCCGCUACAGGAGAGUGCACCUCACAAAUUCUCAAAGAAUACUUUGAAUCUCACUUCAGCCAGUUUGUGAAGGUUGGGCCCAAGUCAAAGAAGCACAUCCUGUUCUACAACAGUCGACGUGUGUGUAUUCCCUUGAUUCUGUGGCUGUGGAGCGAGAGCCACAACGUAACGUUCUUCCCCUUACCCCUACACAGAGGACCAAGUAAAGACCCCGUGACUCUCAGGUCCACAGGCUGUCUGUAUGGUGUGUCACAUUCAUAUGAAAUGGAGCAGAAGCAGUUUGAAGACAAGAAUCCAGACAUCAAGUUCACCAGUUCUGAUGCGUGCAAGAUCCUGAGUCGGAUUUACUCAGGUCUGACAGUCUCCCACUUCGAGCAUAUGUUCCGGCUUAUGGGCGUCUUCCCUCUACCAGACAGAAACCCUGGGAUGGUCAGGUUUGACAAAAUAGUGGAAGAUAUGAAACACGAUGGUAAACAGAAGAGGAGGCGUGCUAAGAAAAAAACUAUUGCUUUGAAUACUGAAGCUAGUCCUCCAGUCAAGAAGCGACGAAAAUCUAAAGUGAAAGUCAAGCCUCGUCCUAUUAUCAGUCCAGUCACCAUGAAGAAGGGCGUGAAGGUCACAGACAGGAUCAGGCAUUCGGUGCCCGUGGACUGGAGUGGAAUCAUUGCUCCAGAUGAGAUUAUUUCUGUGCCGGUUGUGUCUGGUGGUGCUGGGGAUGAAGGUGUCAUGGAUGACGAGGGCAGUACUGUGCUGGCUGCUACUGCUGGUGCCCAUUAUAGGUUACAGGGCAUUGAAAACGGAGUGACACUUGAGCCAGAUGUAGAUGGAGGUGGGUCUCCACAAACAUAUCAUGUGUACAUCCAAGGUGCUGAAUGUGUAACACAGGGAGCAGACAUUGACACAGACAACAUUGUGGUGGCAGAAGAGGUGGUGAUUGUAAAUACGGUUGAAGAUGUUUAGAUGGGUGUGGUUCGGUGUCAUCCUCUACCAGAUCCCCAUGCUCUAACAGCUCUGAAGUCUGCUGCCACAGCCAUUUCUUCAUGAGCCAGAUCAUCGAAAGCUGGAUUUGUUAAGACCAUACAAGGUUGACUGUCAUGUUGUCAGAUAAAAGUUAAGAACGUGU